AUGUCCACGUUUAUAAGAGGCCCCGUUUGCGGUGCAGACAAUUGUCCCUCGCGGCUCUGGCGUAUCAUCGAUGGGCGAAGAACCUGCCAGUACGGCCAUGUCAUGGACGGUGAUGUGGAGUUCAACGACGAUGAAGACGACCUUAACGGCCUUGCCGCCGGUGUUAUCACAAGACGGCUGAACCUCACCACCAACGCGACGGGCAGUUUCCAGUCCAGUCAGCUCUCGAACUCGCAGCUCUUACUGCAACAGCAGAGACGGUCCCACAAGAAAUUCAAAAAACUGAUCGGCCACGAGGCCAAACUAUUAUUUCUCAAGUCCUUCCAGUUCAUCCUGAAAAGGCAGACCCGGUGGCUGAUCGAUGAAAUGCACUUCCCCGCGGAAUUCGACCACGUUGUCAAAAUAAUAUGGCUGAAACUCCUGAAAACAAUCAACGACCAACCCCAAGAAGAGCUGAGGCUCCGGCUGCACAUGGCGUCCACAGUUUCCAUCCUGUAUCUCGCAUCUACCCACCUGUCCUUGCCCGUUUACACUUGUGACUACAUCAAAUGGAUAUGCACUACAAAGAUGCCGUAUUUCCAAGCAAGUGAACUACUGCCCAAAUCGUGGAGAACCCGGCUGCCGAAUUACUACAUUUCCAUAUUGGAGGGCUCCAUUUCGCCCUUCAACGGCCAGUUGUGCAACAAAAUCGCUUUGACUUGCGGCACGAUUCAAUUCAACAAAUCUUUCAACUCCCAAGUUUCAUGCCAGGGUUUGUUAUUGAAACUGGUGAUGCAAUACGCGCUGCCCCCAGAGUUCUACUUUUAUAUAAAGCAAAUCAUCGAAUUUCAAGAAACCGACAUCAAGAACCUAGCGCUUUGGGAAAGAAUAGACGAACGUCACACAGGACCGAUAAGCAACCACGCUGAAUUGAGAAUCAUCUCUUAUUUCAUGCUUACGAUACACUGGAUUCUUUCUUUUGAUCAAGACCACCGGUACCCGUUGAAAUGGAUCCUCGAACUCUCGAGUUCAUUAACCCGCCAUUCGACAACAAGGGAGUCUAUUGACAGAAACAUCGUUAACGUGGUUUACCCAGAUAAGUCGACUUCUAACGACUACUUCCAAUGGUCCGACGAAGAAACUCUGCAGUUCUUGAAUUGGAUGGAAAAGCAGUUCUUGCCCACACAAACAAGGUCUUUGGAUGAUGAAAGCGGCUCAAAUGAUAUGACCAUUGAUCAAAAAAUCGCCAGAAGGAAACUCUACAAGAUUUUCCCCUUGGACCCCGACACUAAUCGUGAUCAUGAGGCCAUCGACUCGAAGCAUCAAUUGACAUUUAUUGAAGACUUACAAGAAAGAUACGCCAAACAACAGUCUUUUCUUAACAACAAUAAAACAGUUCACUUUACUACUCGUCAAGAUAUCCAUCUGCCGACUAGAAAGGAGGCUGUCAAUAGUCUCAUGACUCAAAUAGCAUCGCAACUUUCAGCUGACUUCGCCAUUUCUGAACAGCAACUAAAAGAUUGUAUUUAUAGACUUAAAAAAGCUUGCAUCCACAAAAUGAACUGA